AUGGAUUUUGCAAGUGUUGCAGAGAACGAGAACGUGCAGCUGCAGGAUGGGAAUGAGAGGCUGUACGGGCACGGAGACCUGCAGGAGAGGAUGGGGAAGCUGGCUGGCUCCAAAACACAUUUGUCAGCCAGAAUGGUCUUCAGUGAAGAGGAAAAACUGAAGAUUUCCAAAGACCUUGUUGAUCUCCAGAUCGAGACAAACAAAAUGAAGGAGCAGUAUGAGACGGAGAACUUUGAACUGAAAAAUAUGAUCCUGGCCCUGGAGAACCGUGUGCUGGAGCUGGAGCUCUGCAGUGAGAAAGUCACUGGGGAACGGGAUGCCUUACGGGAACGCCUGCACACUCUGGAGACCAGUCGGAAGGAGCUGGCGGAUGAGUACAUCAUUUUGAAAAGCAAUUACCUGGCCCUAGGCAAAGAACUGGAGCAGGAGGUCAUGAAGAAUGAAGAGCUCAGCCUAGAGCUGCUCAAUCUGGCCAAUGCCAGGAGCACCCUUCCCUGCGUGGAGAGCGACCGCCAGUGCUCCUCCACCAUGGCCAAGGAAUCCUCUGCUGAGCUGGAAAGAGCGCGAGCAACGGUGCGCCGUCUCUCAGCUCGGAAGGUGAAGUUGCUUGGAAACCAGGAUAACAUAAAAGUGGAGCUUGAAAAACUGAAGAAAACCUAUGAUUCGCAGCAGCAAAAGCUGGAAGAGAGAGUGAUCGCGAUGGGGAAGGAGCUGCAGGAGGCAAAGGGAGCGAUUGGGGACACCCAGCACAAGCUGGUGGAGCAGUCAGCGGUGCUGCUCACCUCCCAGAGCCAGCUCCAAGAGGUGGAGGCGGAGAACUCCCGGCUGCAGCUCCGGCUGAAGGAGCUGAACGAGGAAUAUCGCUCCCGGCUCGCGCAGUACAUCAAGGACGUGGCGGACUACAUGGACAGUAAAUCCAGCAACGUAACGGGGCCUAGCAAAGCCCCAGCUGAUCGCACUCACAUGAAACGCUUUGUGGACAGCAUGUUGAAGGACAUCAGGGCUUCCUACAAGUCUCGGGAAGAGCAGCUAGCUGGAGCGGCACGUGGCUACAAGAAACGCAUGAAGAACUUGUUCAAGAAGCAUGAGAACCUGCUGAUUGCUUACGGGCUCCAGCGAGAGCAGAUCCGGUCCUUGGGCAGCAGCGCUAUGGAUUGUGGCCCUGCCGAGCUCCACUUUUCCAUCACAGACCCAGAGCUGCUGACAAACACAACCCGGGAGCUAAACCGGCUGCGGGAGGAUAAAGCAAAACUGGAGAUGCAGCUACAGGAAUUGCAGAAGAAAAGACUGAAAGAAACCUCUGGCUUUCUGCUGUCUCCUGAGCAGCAGCUGGAUGAGGAGGGCUGGGCAGAGGUCAGGAAGCAGCUCCGGGAGUUUGCACGCACCACCCAGGAGGAUUUGGAGCAGGAGAGGAGCCAGCUGCUGACUCGGGCAGUCGUGGCAGAAGAGCAGGUGUCCGAGCUGCGGGAAUACAUAGAUAAGCAUCUUGCAAGGUACAAGCAGGAGAUCCUCCGGCUGAGGAAGGUCACUGGCAGCGAGGUGCCACGCGCGCUCAGUGCUGGGGCGGCCGAUACUCACUCACUGCCCAGAGCCAGAAGGACCAUCAGCCACCAACCAUAG